AUGGUGGCCGGCAAGCGCGUGCUCAUAAUCUCCACAAGUCAUGAAAAGCUUGGCGACACGAACGAGAAGACAGGCCUGUGGAUGGAGGAGCUGGCGCACCCCUACCUGAUCUUCAAGGCGCACGGCCUGGAGGUCACCGUGUCAUCGACAAAGGGCGGCGAGAUCCCCGUGGACGAGGCCUCGCUCGCGGCGCCGUUCGUGACGCCCGAGGUUGAGAAGUUCCUGCUGGACGACUCCGCCAUGGCCCAGGUCCUGGAGAGCGUCCCCCUGGCUGACGUGGCGGACUGGGCGUCGUACGACGCAGUGUUCCUGCCUGGGGGCCAUGGCACCUGCUGGGACUUUGCUGACAACGAACUGAUCAUCAAGGUGGUCAACGGCCUGGCGCGCGCCGGCAAGGUGGUGGCUGCGGUGUGCCACGGGGCGAACGGGCUCGUCAACGCGACCGACGCGGAGGGGCAGCCCAUCGUGAAGGGCCGCGAGGUGACCGGGUUCAGUGACGCCGAGGAGUACGCUGUUGCCAAGGAGAAGCUGAUUCCCUUCAUGCUGGAGGAGCGCCUCAAGGAGCUGGGGGCAAACUACACCAAGGCCAAGGAGAACUGGGGUGUCCAUGCCCUGCUGGACGCGCGUCCGCCCUUCCCCCUGGUCACUGGACAGAACCCCAGCAGCUCAGCCCUCACAGCGGAGCUGAUCGUGGAGGCACUCGGCGGCCACAAGGCCGGCGCCGCGCCGCCCGAACUGCACGCGUAA